UUGGGGCUGCGGGUUUGGGCGUAUGGCCUCCAGAGGGCGACAAAACCCCGAGUUCAUCAACUCAUCAUCAGAGGCGGAGAUGCAGAGGAAGAAGCUGUCAAAACAUUGCGAGGCCGUGUGAGAGUCGGCUUUUCAACAUGAAUUGGUUUGGCUCCAAAUUUGCACAUUAUUUCCAGCACCCAUGUUGUUAAGGAGAAUGUAAACAUCUGCAAUGUCUCAGCCUGAGCAUCUCAAUGCAAGUCCCUGGGGCUUGUCUGAGUUAUUGGUCCAGAAGAGGCUGCUUGGUUUUGGGGCGCUGUUGGCCUGGAUGGUCUUGUUCCACCUUCUGGUCAACGUUUGGCUCCUCUGUGUUUUCACAAGCCUCUUAGUGGUCUUAGGUGGUUGGCUGGGUUCUCAGGCUGUCCUAGUCUCAGACAGUGUUGUUCAUCUGGAGCGCUUUAUUAAGCUGGAGGAGAUCCAAGAUAGUGCUGAGAGUGAACAACAAUUGGAAGAUGAAAUCCAAAAGACAGUCGAUAAAAUCGUACGCGACUUUGUCACAUCAUGGUACAGUACUGUUUCCGAUGAGCAAGAGUUUGAGGAUGAGGUUCACAAUGCCAUGAUCUCUAUGGCCAUGGAGCUGAAGGGUCGAGCAUCAAGGGUUGACAGGAAAACUUUGUCCCAGAGGGUGCUUGAUCUCUCUGGAUGCCAUCUUCAGGGCUUCUUGAGUGCCAGUGGAAAACAAGAGGUUGACAAAGAUGGAGAUCUCUGGGGGACAUACAGCAAACUCUGUCCUCCUCAUCCCGCUCUUCAGAGCGCUGCUGUCGAAGUAAACUAUGUACGGGCCAUUGUAGAUCUCCUUCUACAUGUUCUUGUACCUCCUCCACAUUUAGAAACACGAACAGGUCGAUUUGUGGUGGGCGAACUUAUAACAUGCAAUGUUAUUCUGCCUUUAAUUGCAAAACUAUCUGAUCCAGAUUGGCUAAAUCUUUUAAUUGUAAGCAUUUUCACCCAAUCCAGUGAACCUGGUUCAGAACCAGAACCAGUAGAAAUUCAAUCUCCACCACAGGUUGUAUCUGCUCAAGAAAAUGCACAGCAAGAACUUGCGGUUCCUUGCGUUCUGACCCUAAAAGUUACCCCAGACACACCCAACAUAACAGAGGCCUCAACGCCAGAACUUGCGGCUUAUGAUGUCAUUGAUUCCGCAGAACUUUUUUCUCCACACAACCUGGAAGAAGAUGAAUCUCGGACAACCAAACCAUUCCCGUUGGGUUUUAGUCCCAGGGAUUACCUGCGACUAAGCAAGCCAAAUCCAUUCUACCAAGAAACCGACUCCGAUUUGGAAUCUCCUCUGACGGACUUCAAGCGGGGCUCCUUGGAAUCAUUGGUUCUAAUUGGUACAGAGGAAACCCUUUCAGAAAGACUCACCGAAUGCGUCACUCCAGUUGACCCUUUGUUAGACCUUGAGGAUGACCUUCCAACUUACACCAAUACAGCAGAGAAGGAGCCAUCAGCAGCACAUUCUGCCAGUGUCCCAGAGGAAGAGGCAUCAAGUUUUUGUACUCUCCAGCCAUCGGAGAAGUGCAACUCGAGUAUAGACCAGCCAGGCCUGUUAAAUCCUGGUGACCUGGCUUUGAAUACACCCAUCCAGGUCACUUCACCAGGUGGGAUGGCGUCUCUGGCACCUUUCAACUUUGAGCCCCUCAGUAGUCCAGAGGGUCCGGUUAUUAUCCAGAACCUCCGCAUCACUGGUACCAUCACUGCCAAGGAACACAGAGGCACUGGAUCCCAUCCCUACACUCUCUACACUGUAAAGUAUGAAACAGCCAUGGACUCAGAGAAUCCAGAAUCGUUGCAGCCUUUGGCUUAUCACACUGUGAACCGACGCUACAGCGAAUUCCUCAACCUUCAGACCCGUUUGGAGGAGAAACCAGAAUUACGCAAAAUUCUUAAAAAUGUGAAAGGGCCAAAGAAAAUCUUUCCUGAACUUCCUUUUGGAAACAUGGACAGUGACAAAGUGGAGGCCAGGAAAGGUCUAUUAGAAACAUUCCUCAGACAACUUUGUGCCAUUCCUGAAACAGCCAACAGUGAAGAAAUGCAAGAGUUCCUCGCUCUUAACACGGAUGCAAGAAUUGCGUUUGUUAAGAAACCUUUCAUUGUCUCACGCAUAGACAAGAUUGUGGUGAAUGCUAUAGUGGACACUCUGAAGACAGCCUUCCCUCGCUCAGAACCACAAAGCCCUACUGACGACAUUGACGGAGAGCCUGAUGGAAAACUGUCCACUGACAAGAAGUCCAAGUCUAGAAUGAGGUUCUCUAGUAAAAUCGCACCUGCUCUCAGCGUGUCUGACAUGAAACCCAACGUGGUUUACUGCUUUGAUGAAAGCAGCACUGUUUUCAAUGGCUUCUUGUUGAACGAGCUGGAGAGCUUCAUCUCAGAGAAGGAGCGUUCUGAAGGUAAAGCUCCAGGGUUUGAUGCUGAUGCCGAGAAAAGUGUAGGCUCCGGACCUAAAUUGGAUUUGAAAACCUGUAUGUGUGCCAGACCACAGCUGGAGAAUGCACCUUCCUUCAGUGAAUCUGCUGAGGAGACGGCUCUAUCUAACCAGACUCUGAAUAUCCUGUGCAUGCUAAUGAAGAAUCAGUGGAGCUGGCUUUGCACAGAAAACAUCCAGAAGACCAUCAGAAUGCUGUUUGGGACCCUCCUAGAAAGGUGGCUGGAGGUGGGUGUCGGGAACCUGACCUGUACACCGUAUUGGGUGGUGUACCUGCAGGUGCUGCAGGAGGCCAUUUGGCCUGGAGGGAAUCUGCCGGCUCAACCGCGACCACAGCGCAGCCAGCAGCAGAAAGAGCACAGCAGAAAGCAGGCUCUGCAGUGCCUUAUGAAGCUCAUGCCAGAUCUGAUCUCCGAUAUGCUCGGCUCUGAGAAGUACAAGGUUUUUUGGCAGACGGUUGUGGAUUCUUUUCAGGACCCCACUGUAAACAGGCAUCUUGUAUACUGCCUCUGGGAUCUGCUAAUCGAGUUUCUCGUCCCCGAGGCCUCAGAUGAGGACUUUCAAAAAACACUUCUUCACAGCCUGUCCAAAAACGCAGAGAGGCUUCCACCAUAAGUGUGCUGGGCUGGAUGGACACAAACACACGUGCAUACACGCCCACAUUCAUAGCAUAUCCAGAUUUGUGGCCAGUGCUAAAUGUAAAUACAGGAAUGUGUGAUCAAGUAAGUGUAGAUUUGGAUUCAGUCAGUGCCUGGCUCCAAUUUGGUUUCUAUGUUUCUGGGACACACUUCCGGGCAAACACUGAUAAAUAGCCACCUGUUUUGUGUUUUAUCAAACCACAAGUCCAAUCUCUAAAGCUCAACAUACCGGAUCUGAAUUAGUUGCAAGUUCUCUAACUUUUAUCCACCUUGUUCCUACUUGAGCUCUGGGCAAAGCUCUUACAUAUGGAGACGUUUCCGUGGCGUCCAUUCACGUGUUUCCGGCCUUUCAGUCUCGAUGUGCUUUGAGUUUACACACAUUCCCUCCUUAAUCACAUUGAUACACUUGAUCAUUUUGCUUCAGGUCUUCUUUAGAGAUUCUGUAAACACUCUCUCAGUCUUAUCUCUCCUGCCUUCCAAGAAGGAACGCCAAUCUUUUCAUCAUAUUCCUCUUAAAGAAUGAAAGUUUUUUUCACAUCUGCUUCUGGUGUCACAGGAAUGCUGUACGUGCUUUGUGUGCUUUCAAAGUCUUUAAACUUGAUGUCUCUCUUCACAAACACUGAUUAAAUGGUUAGAUGACCACAUAAAGCCUACGAGGAAAACAAGGUUAUGUUGAUUAACCAAAAAUGGCCAGUUUUCAGAAUCCUUGUCUUAAUAUUUAUGAAGUAUGUGUACAUGUUAUCUGAAAGGGAUAGUUCUCACAAGAGUGACAAAUAUUUUUUUUUCGUUUUGUUCCAGACAUGUGUUGUUUUUUCUGAGAAAGAUGAAAAAAUUCUAAAGGAACACUCCUUUUUUGGAAAUAGGCUUAUUUUACAAGUCCCCUACUAUUAAACUGUUGAGUUUUACCAGUUUUAAAUCCUUUCUGGCGAUCUUCGGGUCACAGGAGCACUUUCAGCUUAGCAUAAAUCAUUAAGUCAAACUUUUCAUAUUUUGUCUGUCUUAGUUCAUGUCCUAGAAUCAAGCUUUACACAAGCAAAUCAUAGAAACUCUUAUUUGAUUUUUUUUUUGUAAGAUGCUAAUGGUCUAAUCUGAUUUUGUGAUUUAUGCUAAGCUAAACUAAAAGUACUUCAGCUGAAUGGACUAGUAAAACUCAGCUGUUAAACUCCAGGGGAUUUGUAAAAUUAGCAAUAAUGUUGCAAUUGUGAAAUUAGUAUUGAAUAUUCUUUUAAAAUGCCUUAUAAAUUGCGGAAAGGCAUACUGGCUUGGAACAACAUGCGGGUAAAUAAUGGCAUUAAACUAUCCAUUUAUUAAAACGUACAUCUUUUUAAAUGUACAAAACAAUGCCGCAGACUGAGUUCUAACAACAAAUAGAAGAGAAUAAGAGUACACUUGGUUUGUGGUUUACAUAAUUUCUUAGAAGUCUAGCACAAAAAAGAUGUCUUAAUCACCUUAAAGUGUUAAUGAUUUUUAGUAAAAAAACAAAAAACCCAGUAACAAAUGGAUGCUUGUGAAACUUUUUUGUCAGUCUGAAAAACCCUUUUAAAUGGAUUGUUCUCCAAAAAUGGUAAGUUACUCAAUAUAUAGUUUUUUUUCUUUUAAAGAACAUGUGCUGAAACUGUGUAGACCACAGUCACUUAUGAAAAUCCAAACUGUAGCUGGAUUUUGAGGGUCAAAAAACUAAGACAGGCAAAAUAAAUACCUUUUUUUCCUGAGGAUACAUUUAAGAUCUUAAGACCAAGGAAACAUUAAGACCAAGACUUUGUUGUUUUUUGUAGUAAAUCACCAAGGACCAAGUCUUCUUUAAUUUUCUUCUAAAAAAACUCAACGACUUCAUUGAUUUCCUUAAGAUGAGUAAAUUUACAGCUAUUGUUUGUUUUUAAGGCAUAUUGUCCAAUUAAUGUGUUACUAAUCUUUUCAUAACUUAAAAGUAUUUCUGUCAGUUUUUGUUUUAUUAGCACUGUGUCAUCUAGUCAACAUUCUGUUUGCACUACCUGGUGUGAGCCUGGAUUCGAUGCAUGCAGAUUUAGUUUCUGCACUGUGAGCCCUGUUACACUAAGUAUGCACUGCAAUGGCUUCAUAGUGUUGUCAUUACACUGUACUUUUGCUUAAUGCGCUGAAUGUUGCACUAUUUGUAAUUUUGUAAGUGAUAUAUAUAUAUCUAUUGUUGGCCUUAUGUUGUUCUGAUGUCUGUUGAAAUUAGAGAGUAAAGCAGUCAAUGUCAUUGAAUUAAGUGGAGAUGUAUUGCAGAGACAAUAUCACUUCUUUAUAAAAUGCUUUCAGGUUUGGUUAGCAUGUUACAUUUGUUAGUAGUAGCGUAUUCAGACUUAAUUGUGAUCCAGGUUAUAUUUAAAACCGUAAAACAGCUGGAACCAAAAACAAAGAUAUAUUAAAUUAGGGCUGGGCAAUAUGGCAAAAGUGCAAUCUCCAUAAUUAAUUUCCAUAUUAAAUGAUAACAAUAUAGAUUUUGAUAUAAGUUAAUGCUUCCAGAUUUUAAAGAGUAUCCCAACGAUGACUGAAGCCACAAAAAUUAGAGCAUCCAUUAAAUGGCUUAACAUUUUCGGCUGAUAAAUUUUCUUUGGCCGAAAAUUUGAAACAUCUUGAAUGUAUCAAAUUCGAUACAUCUCAAAAAUUCGAUACAUCUUGAAUCAUACAUCUCGGUGGGCGAAAAUUCGAUAUCAACUCAUUCAAUGUCCCAUUGUUGCACAUUUCUGCUGAUUAAUUGGCUCUUAGAUCAAUAUAGAGUAAAAAAGUCCAGAGCUUAUCGUUGUUAUUGACAUAAAUUUUAUUGCAAUUAUAAUAUCGUUUAUCGGCCCAGCCCUAUAUUAAAUGAUGCAAACAAAUCUACCAAAACAUGAAAAAAAAAACUAUUCUCACUUGUUAACAUAGACCCGAAUAUAAUGUUUAGCUCACAAUUAGUGCAAAAUAGAAAAUAAUGCUUUGACAGAAUGAUUGAAUGAGAAGAAGCCUAAUACUAUUGACAACGUGGAUACUUUUGGUUUACAAAAUAGUUUUUGCAGCAAUGUGAUCUUCGUUUGUCAGCAUUCAUGAGCUUCACAUGAUAAAUAUUAACAUGUUGUGUUGUGAAUAGCUAAAGCUGGGUGAUGUAUGAUUUAAAACGGGACUCCUCGACUAAAAUGAUGUAAUGAAAUAACAAAAAUUAUAUAAUUUUUAGGCAAGCCAUUUGAAUGAAUUAGGUAGCACUUAAGUAUGAAACCCUACUGUGAUUUACUGUUUCUUCAUUGACACGCUGUUACAUUAAUAUACCUGUCAAUCUGUUUUUCAUUCCAUCAAGUUAAUAAAUUUUUCCGUUAUUAAAGUCAAAA